AAUUGAUUACACAGAUGGCUUACACUACUCGCCAAAUCGGUGCAAAGAACACCUUGGACUACAAGGUGUACAUUGAGAAGGAUGGUCAACCAGUCUCUGCUUUCCACGACAUUCCGCUCUACGCUGAUGAAUCCAAGCAGAUCCUUAACAUGAUUGUUGAGAUUCCAAGAUGGUCCAAUGCCAAGUUGGAGAUCUCCAAGGAACAAGAGUUGAACCCAAUUAUCCAGGACACCAAGAAGGGUAAGUUGAGAUUUGUCAGAAACGUGUUCCCUCACCACGGUUACAUCCACAACUAUGGUGCGUUCCCACAGACCUGGGAGGACCCAAACCAGACCCACCCAGAGACCAAGGCCAAGGGUGAUAACGAUCCAUUGGACGUCUGUGAGAUUGGUGAGGCUGUUGGUUACACCGGCCAGGUCAAGCAAGUGAAGGUUCUUGGUGUCAUGGCGUUGUUGGACGAAGGUGAGACCGACUGGAAGGUGAUUGUCAUUGACGUCAACGACCCAUUGGCUCCAAAGUUGAACGACAUUGAGGACGUUGAACGUCACUUGCCAGGUUUGUUGAGAGCCACCAACGAAUGGUUCAGAAUCUACAAGAUCCCAGAUGGAAAGCCAGAGAACCAAUUUGCAUUCUCCGGUGAGGCCAAGAACAAGAAGUACGCUGAGGAAGUCAUCCGUGAGUGUUCUGAGGCCUGGGAGAAGUUGAUCAAGGGUCAAACCUCCCCAGAUGGUAUUGCAUUGACAAACACCACUUUGGACGGCACUGAUUCAUUCUCUACUUCUGUUGCAGUUCCAGCUGGUGAGGAUUUGAAGGAUGCUCCAAUUGACAAGUCCAUCGACAAGUGGUUCUUCAUCUCUGGUGCAUCCGCUUAAAAUUAGUGUUUCCUAAAUACAUAAUAGUCUGCCCUGGGCAAGCGAGAUGUAGCUCACACGCCUUUUUCGUCCCGUUCAUCACUGUGGAGGCUGUUCUUCCUCCGCCUGCUCCGCCUGCUCCGCCUGCUCCGCCUUCUCCUCUGCCUGUCCAUCCUCCUGUUUGCUACCAAGAUGAGGGAAUGUCUUGUACACCAGGAAACCUGCAAUCGCAACAACAACUGAAGCACCAAUAACCACGAGGGACUGCUUUCUGUUAACCUUCAAGCUCAUUUCGAGUACUUUAAUCCGUGUGUGCGUGGAUGGUGUGUGAUUUCUGGGAGAUUUCGCCCUGGCUCGUUGCCAUUGAGGAG